AUGUCGUCGUCCUCGAUCCAGACCACUAUCGCGCCCUACGACCAGAGCGUCGUGUGCGAAAAGCAGCUGCUCUCGGCUGCCGAGCUCGACCAAGCCAUCGAUGCUGCGGCCACAGCGCAGAAGUCGUGGGCCAAGGUGAGCGUCAAGGAGCGUGUGGCGAUCAUCACCAAGUGGAUGGCGCUGCUCGAUGCGGACAAGGAGGCGCUCGGAAAGGAGCUCUCUGAGCAGAUGGGCCGACCUGCCUCGCAGUGCGCCGGCGAGAUCAAGGGCGCGCUCCAGCGAUGCCGAUACCUCUGCAAGGUGGCGGAAGAGUGCCUGGCCGACUCGCCGCGCACCGAGACCGAGACGCCCAACCUCAAGCUUGCUAUCCGCCGCGAUCCUUUCGGCGUGGUGGGCAUCGUGACGCCGUGGAACUAUCCGUACCUCACCACCGUCAACGGCCUCAUCACCGCGCUGCUCGCUGGUAAUGCGGUGGUGCUCAAGCCGUCGCCGCAGACGCCGCUCACGGCAGAGAGCUUCCAGCGCACGCUCGAGCAGGCGGGUCUGCCCAAGGGUCUGCUGCACAUCGCCCACCUCGACUUUGAAACGACCGCCAAGCUCGCAGCUCAUCCGCGCAUCGGCUUCCUCAUCUUUACUGGCUCCGUUGCCGGUGGCAAGGCGCUCGCCAAGGCGGCGGCCGACGGACCGGGCUUCAAGGGCGUCGGUCUGGAGCUCGGCGGCAAGGAUCCUGCGUACGUGCGUGCGGACGCCGACAUCAAGUGGGCGGCCGAAGAGCUGGUGGACGGCGCCAUGUUCAACUCGGGCCAGUCGUGCUGCUCGGUGGAGCGCAUCUACGUGCACGCCUCGGUGUUUGACGAGUUUGUCAACGAGUUUGUCGGCGUGGCAAAGCAGUACAAGCUGGGCGAUCCGAGCCAGUCGGGCGUCUCUCUUGGCCCCGUGGUCAGCCUCGCCUCGGCCGAGCGCAUCCGCAAGCAGGUGGACGAUGCUCUGAGCAAGGGCGCCAAGAACCUCAUUCCCGCCGAGCUCUUCCCCGAAGCCAAAGCUGGCACUGCGCUGGUGGCGCCCACGGUGCUCGUCGACGUCGACCAUUCGAUGGAGAUCAUGACCGAAGAGACGUUUGGACCUGCCAUCGGCAUCAUGAAGGUCUCCUCGGACGACGAGGCGCUCCAGCUGAUGAACGACUCGCACUACGGCCUCACCGCGUCCGUAUGGACCAACAUCGAGGAUGCCGAGUCGGCGGCUGCGUUUGACCGCCUCGCCACCGAGCUCGAGACGGGCACCGUAUACCUCAACCGUGCCGACGUGCUCGACCCUGCGCUUCCCUGGACGGGCGUCAAGGACAGCGGACGUGGCGUCAGCCUGAGCACGCUUGGAUUCGACCAGCUCACGCAGCCCAAGGCGAUCCACAUGCGUCUGCGCAAGGCCUGA